GAGAUGUGCAAUCAGAGCUCCGUAGCUGAGUUUGUCCUCCUGGGCCUGGCAGAGGGGGACAUGACCGAAACUAUGCUUUUUGUUCUCUUUUUGGUCGUAUACUUAGUUACCCUAGCAGGUAACUGCUCCAUGGUGAUGUUAAUUGGGGUUGAACAUCGCUUACACACCCCAAUGUAUUUCUUCCUCCUCCAUUUGUCUCUGCUGGACAUUUGCUAUUCCUCAGUUACUAGUCCACAGAUGUUGGUGCACCUCCUUUCUAGGCAUAAAGCCAUAUCCUUUGUCCGGUGUGCCUUCCAGAUGUAUAUUUUCCUGGUGUUUGGUAUGGCAGAAUGUGUGCUCUUGGGUCUCAUGGCCUAUGACCGCUAUGUGGCAAUUUGCCACCCCUUACACUAUACCAGCAUCAUAAACUGGCACUUCUGUAGUUGGACCACAGGAGCUGCUUGGUUGAGUGGCUUCCUCAAUUCCCUCAUUGUCAAUGUUUUUGCUCUGCGCCUGUCGUACUGUAUCCAAAAUCACAUAAAUCAGUUCUUCUGUGAGGUACCGGCUGUGAUAAAGCUGGCAUCUGAUGACUCUUCAGAGGCAGAGACAGUUGUGUUUGUCUUUGGCUCCCUUCUUCUGCUGCUGCCUUUCAUCCUCAUCGCUGCCUCUUAUGCCCGCAUUGGGAUUACCAUCUUGCACAUUCGCUCAGCUGAGGGCCAACGCCGUGCCAUCUCGACCUGUGGUUCCCAUCUCCUGGUGGUGAGCCUUUUCUAUGGCACAGCACUCUUUGCCUACAUGAGGCCAAGCUCAGUCAGUUCUGCUACAGGCCAGGAUAAGGCUGUGUCUGUGUUCUACACGGUGGUCACCCCCAUGAUGAAUCCCCUCAUCUACAGCCUUAGAAACAAAGAGGUGAAGGGUGCACUGAGAAAGUUAUUAAACAAGAAAACAACCGCUCCAAAGACGUGA